AUGCAUAUUCCCAACAAGAGCAACAACUCCUACCAACGUGAUAUAGAAAACAUUACCAAAAUAAAAGGAAACAACAAAUGUGCCGACUGUGGGGCGAAGAGCCCAAGGUGGGCAAGCAUCAACUUGGGCAUCGUAAUAUGCAUAGAGUGUUCAGGCAUUCACCGAAAUUUAGGUGUUCAUAUUUCCAAAGUGAAGUCCUUAACGUUGGAUAAAAUUAUGCCACAAUGGAUACAUUGCAUAAAGUCCAUAGGGAACGAUUUGUCCAACUCCUACUACCUGUACAACUUACCCGCGGAUACGUACAGACCAAAGCAAGGAGAUUCCUCAGUAAUUAUGCAAAACUGGAUAAAAAAUAAAUAUGAAAAGAAGUUGUACGCGCCCGCCAAUAGGAAGGAACCCUACCAGUACUACGUGGAAGGGGUGGACCCCACAAGUUGCCUCCCACCGCAGGAUCCCGCGAAGGCGCAAGUGAAAGAACAAAUGAAGGAAAAUGUAGGCAGCUUAGACAUUUUCGACUCCCUCAAAAUAUUUGAUAAUAAAAAAAUAGAAGAGACUAUGCGAAAUAAAAAGAGCAGUAGCAAUAAUGAGAAGGAAACAGACCUAUUAACUGAGUCCCCAAAGAAGGAAUCCGUAAAAAAAAAAAUAUACAUGAAUGAUAAUUUUUACUCAUUUGAAAACAUCCCCUAUAGGGAAAAUAAUUGCACUAGCAGCAAUAACGAUAGCAGGAACCCGUCCAAGGAUUCCUAUUUUUUCAACGACUUUGUUAAUGUGGGUAGUUCAAGUAACAACUCCGUCAACAUGAACGUUCCGAAGGAUGUGAAACAUACAGGUAAGGGUAAUGACCCGUAUAAUAGGGACAAGAGCUUUUCUUAUUUGGAAGAAGCCAAAAAAUUGAACCCUCAUAGUGAGGUAACAGGGGGAAAUGGUAACAGCAGAGGUGGAUAUCAUGUGAGUAACAACCGAAGCAACAGCCAAAACAAAGUCCUAAGUAGCAGCAUGGUCAAUAUCGGAGGGAGAACCGAACCGUCCAAACUGAGCGACAAAAAAAACUUCGGUAGCUUCAGCUCCCUUUCGGAGAAAGAACUUAGAGACGCAAAAGUGCAAGCGGCAAAAAAAUGUAUUGCGAGACUUUUCGCCAACUCGAAAAAUAUUUCCUUUUCAGAAAAAAAUAAAAUUAAUACAAACUUAAAUAAUCAGGAUAGCCAAAUUGGCAUUGUAAAAAAUAAUGUGGGCAAUAUACAUUGUAAUACAAUAAAUGGAGAGAAGCACAAUUCUUUCGAAGUUUUUCGUCCAAAAAAUGCAAACAGUGAUCAUCCUGAUAGGGACCAUUUGGACAUGUUCACCGGCCAAGAAAAGACGAACAAUUUAAAAAAUGAAAAUAAAGGCGACAAAGAUUUUGAUUUUUUUGAGUAA